AUGGCGUGCUGGCGGAGAGGAGGUGGUGGGAGUCCCUCAGGCUGGCUCAGGCCGGGCUGGAAGUCACUGGCCCUCUUGUUAUCCCUCGUGACUCUGGUGCGCUCAACAGAGGUUGCGCAGCUGGGGACUCGCGCCUUCUCAGGUUCUGUCACCUGCCACGAAGACAGAAUGACAGUGGAGUUUUCAAGCGACCUUGGCCCCGAGAACUGGCAUGCCUCUGUGCUGGAUCCCUUUGGUCUUGAAAUGCUGAAUUGCACUUACAUCCUCAACCCAGAAAAGCGCACCCUACAGGCCCCCUAUGAGACCUGCACCAGCAGGGUGCUUGGCCAGCACCAGAUGACCAUCCGGCUCACAGACAACAGGGCUGCUGCUGGAGGACACGAGGCUUUCAUGUAUCAGGUCAGCUGUCCGGCCGUGCAGGCCGGAGGGGCCCAGGAGCACCCAGGAUCCACCCUAUGCACGAAGGAGGGCAUGUCUUUUACCUUUCAUGGUGUUCCUGGCUUGGCUGAUGAAAAUAUGGAGCAGAUGGGAUGGAGCAUUGAGGUUGGCCACGGCGCAGAAGCCCACACUCUGACCCUUCUGGAGGCCCUGGCGCAGGGAUACAACAUCCUAAUUGACGACUACAAGAUGACCAUGCAGGUGCCGUUCAAUGCUACCGGAGUGACCCGCUACACGCAAGGUCACAGUCAUCUCUACAUGGCGCCUCUGAAGCUCAUCCAUAGAAUUCUUGGACAAAAGGUCAUUUUAGCAGCACAAGUGAUUUGCUUAUCAGGCCCUGUGACCUGCAAUGCCACGCACAUGACUCUCGCCAUCCCAGAGUUCCCUGGGAAGUUAAGAUCCGUGAGUGUUGGAAACAGAGACAUCCCCGUGAGCCAGCUGCAUCAGCACAGCAUUGGGACGGAGGCAGCAGGGGGCCUGAGGCUGCACUUCAGCAAAGCUCUUCUCCAAACGAAAUCCUCAGAACAGUGCCUGCCCUACCAGUUCUACUUACCGUCACUCAAGCUGACUUUUUCCUUUCUCCAAGAGACAGCGUCCACGGUGGUUCACCCUGAGUGUCUCUGUGAGUCGCCAGUCCUUACAGCAUCUCAUGCCACUCUGACAGCAGGCGAGCUGUGCACCCAGGACGGGUUCAUGGAUGUCCAAGUCCACAGCCACCAGCUGAGCCCCGCUCUCAACCUGGCCACCCUCAGAGUGGGGGACUCCUCCUGCCGGCCCCGCCUCGCCGCCGCGCCCCGGGGGCUGGCGCGGUUUCGCAUUCCUCUGAACGGAUGUGGGACCACCCACCGGUUCGAGGGCGGCAAGGUCAUCUACGAGAAUGAGAUACGUGCGCUCCGGGCCGGGCUUCCUCCACGCGCCGUUUCCAGAGCCGGGGAGCUCAGGGUGACCGUGAGGUGCCACUACCGCGCGGGGACCGUGCUCACCAACGCCAGCGUCCAGGGCCCGCCCGCCGCGGGGCGCUGGGUGCGGCGGGGGCCGCUGGCCUUCCGCCUGCAGGCCUUCCCAGACCGGUCCUACCUGCGCCCGUUCGCGGACGGGGACUACCCGGUGCCGCGGCGCCUCCGCCAGCCCAUCUUCCUGGAGGUGAGCGUGGUCAACAGGACGGACCCCAACAUCCAGCUGGUCCUGGGCGACUGCUGGGCCACGCCCGCCACCGACCCCGCCGCCCGGCCCCGCUGGACGGUGGUCAAGGACGGCUGUGAAUACACCCUGGACCCGCACAGAACCACCUUCCAUCCCAUUGGCUCCUCGGUGGCUUACCCUGCCCACUACCGGAGGUUCGAGGUGAAGACCUUUGCCUUCGUGUCAGCUGCCGGAGUGCUGGCCAGCCUGGUCCACUUCCACUGCAGCGCCUCCCUCUGCGACCUGCACUCCCCCCUCUCCAUGCCGUGCUCCAGGGCCUGCCCUGCGUCACCGAGGAGCAGGCGAGCCUCGGGGGCCACUGAGGAAGAGGAAACAACAAUAAGUCUGCCGGGACCCAUCCUCCUGUUGUCAGAGGGCUCCACGGGCAGAGACUCAGACACUGCAGGGCACGGAGAUGCUGGAUACGUUGCUUUCAAAGCCACGGCCGUUGUAGUUGUGUCCGCAGGCAUGCUAGCAGCUUCAGGCCUCGUCUUUUACCUGCUCAAGAAAAGAACCAGGAUGUCAAAUCAGUGA